GUCUACGUACGCACACGCGCGACGUACACGCAUCAGAUUUCAUCCCAUCGAGACAACUGUUUUGACAUAUCUCGAUUACACAAGGGCAGGAGCAUAUAUAAUACUUGAAACGCAUGACCGUUCCGCGAACGGAAAACCACGCUCGAGAUCCAAGCUGUCAUUAUACAGGCGUGUGUAUAUAGGACGUUUUCACACCUCAUUGUCAGCAUUUACUCAGGAAGUCACAAGCAGUUCAGACGCAAAGAUGAGUCGCUUCGGACUACACGUUAUUGUAUUGACAGCAUUAACCCUCAUUUCAAGCUGUUUACGCACAGGUAUGAAAUAUUAUUUUUACAUUUGAACACUUAAAAGUAAGAGAUAUUGGUAAUUUAAUGUGUAAUCGUGUAUCUGCGGCGCUAUAGCUUGUAGUUGGCAGAAGUCGCGAACACGUUGAAUUCUGUGGUAUUGUAUCAAUAAUUUACAUGAUAGGCAUGCUCGGUGUUACUUCGCGCUCAUAAAAGAGAGCGGCAUACUUCAUAAGAGCAACGUUUCAACUCUUAAAUUGUGUUAAAACACUGCUAUACUUAUCCACAUUGAAUGUUAGUUCAAGUUUCAACCAACCAAGUUAAUUUAAACCGUUAAAUCUGUUGAGUCAUCUGAAUUCCCACGGUUUUCAAGAUCUUUAUAAAGUUACGCUACACUCGUUGUCUGUCAGAGUGUCUGCGCUUUAAACUGGCUACGGCACAAUUCACUCAUGUAAAAUCGUAGAAAUAACAAAAUUUCAGUGAUAUAAACAUCAAUCCAUGAAAAAUUGUUUAUAACAGACAGGAUAAGGUUUAAAGAGCCCAAUAUCUUGCUUUAAACAUCAAAUUUUAAGAAACUAUGUUAAUGGCUUGUUGGUAUGUGGUAAUAUCGCAUCAAUAAUAUGAACACGCGAAGUAUGAUUUUGACGCGUUCAAAGAUAUAUAAUAAACGUCAGAAAGGUUUAUAAUAUAAGACUUUUCCAUCUUAGUAUUCCUUACAUAUAUUUCGUGAAUUCUAUAAUCUUUUAAGCUUAUUCAAAUGAAUGGAAUUCCUAAAUUAGCCCAAAUUAUCUUGAUGAUCUCUAAUAUCAAAGUGUUGCUAUAUUGUUACAUGCAAAGCGUACAUCACCAAACACUAUCGACUAUCUUCAUCAGAUAUUAUCUAUAUAAACUGUUGUGUAUGUUAAUACGACCCGUAAUUCGGAAAGUUUUCAAAAACGAGCCAUAUCUCAUGAAUGUAAUCUUGUGAGUCGGAAGUUGUGAUAUGCCGAUGGCAUUUGAAUUAUUUUCCGUGUACGCAAAGAAGCACAUGUUUCACCGAGUGGACUCCUUUCAUUUUCUUGGUAUUCAGGAAAUUCUACAACUACAAGCAAUUUUCGCUAUGCGGUAGUAAAAACUCAAUUGCGAACUUAAGCAAAGCUUAAUCUCUAGUGCGGGAUCGUGACAAGAAAUCGCCUUAAAUUUUACACUUUCAUAAUCAUAAAGAACUAAUGCACCUAUCAAUGUUGACCCCCAGAGAGGGGGUCGGGCAUAUGUGGGGUAUUUGAUCAUCAAUUGCAUCCCAACCCUGGGGAUUUUGAUUAGCAUUUUGGCCCCGAGUUGGGGCAAUUUGAGCCGAAUGACUUUUAUUAACAUAGUAUUUAUUGCAAUUUAUUGCAAAAUGGUGGGGCAUUUGACCAAUAUUUAUUGCCCGACGGUGGGGGCAUUUGAUUGAAAAUUUGCUCAAAAAAUCAAAUGCCCCCCUAUGCCCUCCCCCCCCCCUCUGGGGCUUAACAUUGAUAGGUGCAUAACAGGCAGGAUAAAGUACAACGAGGACUACUAAUAAUAUCAUAUUAAUGCAAGAACAUGAGCAGAAAUUAAGAAUUAAAAUCCCACGGAAGUUUUAGACGUCGCCGUCGCUCUGUUUUACAACGGCAAAAUACAGAUUAUCACGUCUGAUAUACAACGCUUGUAUUUCAAGCUGGGACAACUGCUAAUUUAAAUUGGGUCCUAGAACUUUUCUCAAUCAUGAACCCUGUGUUAUCCUUGAUCCUUAAACUGCAUCAUAUUUUCAUACGAUGGAUAAUAGACGACAAGUUUUCUUCUGCAAUCAUUUGGUUCAACGAGUUUGUUUACGUGGCCGUCGCAUUCCCGUCCUACACGGAGUGUUAAGGUCGCUCCUGUUUGUUUUGAAGAAAUUGUGGCAAAUGUGAAUUGUAAAAGGAAGACAGCUAGUACUUGAUCGUUGAUCGACAAGUCAUUCAAAAAUCUGUCAAAGUGCUGCCGGAAUGUGGGAAAUGAUAUUUCACAAAAUGAAGAAUAUUCCAGGAGGGAUAUAUGGAGUUUUAAUCGAAGCGGGGGUCUUACCUCCUACUAAACUCAAUCUUAUUUUCUCACUCUGGUAAUUGCAGGUGUAGUGCAACUUUUGGCCCAACCACAUGCAAGUAUACCCUAUACUAGGUAUAGCUCAGUCGGUUAGAGCGCUGCACCAGAAUCGCGGGUUCCUUGAUUCCUGUCAGCGGCCCUACACUGGCAUUCGACCAAAAUUUCCAUGAGCAUAAACCCCUUCAACACUUAAUGAAAAUCCUAAAAGUAGUAAGUGAACUCCAUUAAAACUCUUUAUUCUCAAGGUGCGGCACAAGAAGUGAUCGAAUUGAAAAAUGAACUCUGCAACCCGCGAUCGACUAUAAUUCCCAUAGAUCAACCUUCGUAUCGACACUUUCCAUAUUACGUCACUCUGUACCGCUGUGGCGGCUCCGACGGCUACACGUCUCCGCGUUACAGGACCUGCGUGCCCGCAACUACCAAGGACGUCAGAAUUAAGGUGCGGAACCUGGACACGUCAGAGUUUGCAGAGAUUAUUGAAAAGAACCAUACAUCAUGUAAGUCAGCGUGUGCGAACAACAAGGCGAUGUGCGAUGCGGAAAUGGAAGCGUGGAAUGAGCAGGCUUGCCGAUGUGAAUGUAGAUAUCCCGACGGACCACCUCAAGCUUGUCCCGCUCGAUUCAAGUAAGUGAUGCAGGCACGGAUUUUCUGGGGGGGGGGGGAAGGUGCGCACCACCCCAGAAAUGAUUUGCACCUUCCCCCCUCAGAGGCAUUUGGCACCGCCCCCAAAAGUUUUUGCACCAACGCAAAUUAUAAUAGUUUAUAGUUCAAAUAAUUAUAGUUUCAUAUUUGAUUAUUCUUACUACUAAAUUUGUAAAAUUACCAAUAUUAUGGUCUCAGAUCUCGCCAUGCAGACAUAGAAAACAAAUUUUGUUAAACUUUUUCCUUGGCCUUUCCGGGCGUUGCCACCAGACCCCGACCAAAGCAAGCAGCAGCACCCCCUCAGAUAUUUAUCCCCCCCCCCGAACGAAAAUAUGAAAAUCCGUCUCUGAAGUGAUGACGAUCAACUUUAUCUAAACACACUAAUCUUUGAGAAAACCUUCGCACAUUUGAAGUGGUCUUUGUCAGUACCAAAACCUCGCACUAAUAACAUGAAAAAUAGUUUCAUGUAUGACGGAGCAAACCUUAGGAAUUCUAUUCCAAAAGAAAUUAGGGAAAGCAAAUCACUUUCUUCCUUUCGAAAUAAAAUCGCUGCUCAUAUCCUACGAGUAAAUAAAAUUUCUAUCUGUUUAGCUGAUUUCCAAAAGAGGUGUGCUAAUGUUACGAAAUACUUACUUAAAUAUUACUAUAUUAAUUAUUUUCAACAUAUGAUUAGCUGAUCAAUAUAUUUAACCUAGACAACUAAUUUCUAAAAACAAAGGUCGACGAAGAAAUCUUUUUGCAAAACGAAUAAUAAGAUACCGAACUUCUUAGUCUCAUUCGGCCAGGGACGCCGGAACGAUGUGAAGGCAAGGGGGGCAGAUUUUUGUGAAAGGGCACUUUUGAAUUGAUAUAUACUAAGAGAUGUUUGCAAAACAUCGGGAGUUGAACUUUUCCUAAUCAUGUUUUCUAUAUAUUGGAUGCCAGGGGUGUGAGGGGGUUCUCCGCCAGGCGAUUUUGCUAUUCUUGAAGCUCGAUGACUGCAUUUCUUGCGUUUUCUGAAGCAAAUUCGUAAAAGAAUUGAAGAAGAUUUCUGACAAUCGCUAUUUCGCCAAGGCAAUCCUUUAAAUUGAAAGGGCACCUUUGCCCCCCUUGCCCCUCCUGGUAAAGGGCAACGGGGGUGGCUGCCCCUCCCAGUUCCGGCAUCCCUGCUCAUUCCGACUUUUUUAGACAUUUUACAACGGCGGUGUGUUGCAAGUUGCAUGCAACAUUGCCUUGUCUAACACCCUUGGAUUGCAACUAGUGUCGCAAUGAAGAAUGAAAUUUCUACUUUUUGCACUGAUACGCAACCAGUUGCAGCGCCCAACACCCCCAUGCAUUGCCAGUUUUCUUGAAAAUCAAUAACGAAAUAGACUUCACGUUGCUUUUGCUCAUGCAGUUUUCUCCUAUCUCUCUUAUACUCAGGUGGAAUAGAUACAUGUGUGCUUGUGAAUGCAACAAGGAAGAACACGCAUCGCAAUGCCUUGCGGAAGGAAAGGUGUGUAUGGUGUCAUGGUCAGACCCACGCUUGCCUUUCAAGCUUGGAGAGCCGGGUUCAGUCCUUGCUCGGACCUCUACUCAAGGUCUUAGCAUAAUCGAAAGUGCUACCUUUACAUUGACAUCAGUAAAUGGUUAGACUUUCGCGUCUUCUCGGAUAAGGACGUUAAAUCGUAGGUACCUCGGAUCCCCUAGCAAUGGACCUAUUCCCUAAUGAACAAAAUUUUGAUCUGGACAAGUCUAGACAAAAAUUUCAUCACAACUUGAAAGAGCAUCACAAAAUUAGUAAUAUUCCGAAGUUUCGUUGCGAAAUGUUGUUAAAAUGCGGAUAAUAUAGUCCUGCGAAGUUUGCCGUUUUUCAGUCAUUUUGUAUUACGCACGGGAAAUUGAUACCGCUUUCUGAAAAAAAAGGUAUCAAUUUCCCGUGCGUAAUACAAAAUGACUGAAAAACGGCAAACUUCGCAGGGCUAUAUUAAUCGCAUUUUACAACAUUUCGCAACGAAACUUCGGAAUAUUACUAAUUUUGUGAUGCUCUUUCAAGCUGUGAUGAAAUUUUUGUCUAGACUUGUCUAGAUCAAAAUUUUGUUCAUUAGGGAAUAGGUCCAUUGGGCAUAGUCGGCAUAGCCUGUUGGGAAAUCCGUUCACCAAUGAGUGAGAAACUCGACAAACAAAAUAAACAAAUACACAAUCAGUCCAAUUAUAUAUAAGUCAGUUCAAUUAGCGAGAUAUCAAAAUUCUGGGGACAAUUUUCGCAAUAUUUUAAUGAUUACACUUUGUAUUCUUAGGUGUGGAGUCAUGAUAAGUGCGGAUGCGAAUGUUCUCCUCGGGUUAUCACUAGAUGUAAGAAGUUAAAUAUGGUUUUAAAUGAGCAAACUUGUCGCUGUGUAUUAGGAGAAGUUGUGUUUGGAGCUAAAACAGGGACAGGUGAGACUUGAAAAUAUCUGGUGCCGCAGCAGAGUGCGAAUUAACAAAUAUAAAACAUUUUCCGUGUUGAUAUACAGUUAUAUCAUAGAAUAAAGAUCCAUAUAGAAGGGCCACUUACGUCGGAAGCUUUGUAGUUUCUGUCCUCACGCAUGUCGCAUUACGCAAGUUGGCCACCAUUGUCCUAGCCAGUCAAUGACAUUUUCUGGCCAAUAAACACGCUGUACUGGCUGGCUGCUCCGCCUUCUGGCCAGUAAACUGCAUAUUUUUGCAUAAAAAAACGAGGACACGCGUUGCAUCGCUGAGUGGCCCUUCUGUUAUUGAUCUUUUUUCUGUGGUUAUAUCAACACGAGUGGAAAUUGGGGAGUGUUUUCACACAAUUUCGAGUUUUCUCAAUUUCCACGAGUGUUGAUAUUAAUAACUAUAUGUCAAUACGGAAAAAAUGUUUUAUAUUUGUUUUAUAAUAUAGCACAAAGAAAUAUUAUGAAACAAAUUUUCCGUGUUGACAAUGAGUUAUAUCAACACGGCUCUUAGCCAAUCAGCGUUCAGAAUUUACAAAUGCUAUAUUAUAAUUAACGAUAUAAAAACACCGUUAGCAAAGUUAGGAAAAGGCCAAAAAAAUUAGUGCCCGACAAUUUCACGGGAAAAAAUGGUAGGUCAACGUUUAGUUUUCGAUAUCAAUAUACCACGCAUACGAAGGAUAUUAGUAAGCUGAAAAAACAUCUGAUGUAUAAUAAACAUUUCAUUUUCAUCGUUUUUUUGCAGGACAAGAGAAGGGAAUUUCGAAGACAAUGCUAGUUGGAAUCGUGUUUGGUGAACUGUUGCUAUUGCUGUUCAUAUUUGAUCUCAUUUUAUACAUGACUAAGAAAUGGGGUUUCAUGUAUUAUAUAAAAAAAUCUGUGGGAAAAGCCGUUUCAAAAGGUGGGGAAUGUUCAUGAUAAGACCCAGUGAGCUUCAUAUUAUAUGUCACCCUAGCGAGAGGCUCAAAACUAAGGCCAGCCGGUCAAACGUCGAACUUUUCAUGCGCCAAACCUAAUGCAAAUGAAGUGAAACAAAGAACUUAGCUCAUUAUAACAUUAGGUUCGGCGCAUGAAAAGUUCGACGUUUGACCCUAGCCUAACACUUGCAAUUUCUGCUACGAUUUCUAGUGCGAUUUUUGUCUUUGAAUGAACGAGUCGAUGAGUCAUGAAUGAAUGCUCUGAGUAUAUAUGUACCCUCAUCUGAAUAUUCAUAACUCGUCCACAUGUAUACAUCAAAAGAAGAAAAUGACACCUGAAAUCGCAUUGUAACCCUCUGCUGUCCAGAAGUUUAAUUUGUCUAUUCUGGAUUUUAAAAUAACAGCAAAAACGUUCUUUGAUUUAUAGACAGCCACGAAUCACCUCCCCUCAGUCCGACUGCAAAUCACGACAAAUCUACUGGAAAUCACGACACAUCGACGUAUGUGUGAAACAUGUACAAAGAAGCAAUUUAUAUCAAAAUAUUAGACAGAAUAUGUAGUUGUGUAUAUUUUAUACUCUGCCAGUGUAGGUAGUGUUUGACUCAAUCAAUGUUUUCAAUAGACCUUUCUGGUAAUUACGUCACAACUACACUGUUUUCAACUUAGGACCAUCUUAAAUGGAAUAGAUUUCAAGUUUGUUCACAGGCUAUGCACAGAGAAGCAGAACAUCCUUUGUCAACACAUGCAUAAAAAAGAAUUUUGGAUUUUGACUAUUAAAGGUUAAAAUAAGCUUAAACAUAAAAACGAGGCCGAGGGGCCAUGGCCCCUCUUGGUCCCUCAGCCUCGUUUUCGUGUUUAAGCUUAUUUCCACAUUUAUUGGUCAAAAUCCAAAAUCCUUUUUUAUGCAUGUGUUGACGAAGGACGUUGUGCUUCUCUGACCAUAGCCCGUGAGAAACAAACUUAAAAUCCAUUCCAUUUAAGGUGGUCCUAAGUUGAAAACAGUGUAGUUGUGACGUACAGCACCGGAAAGGUUUAUUUCCUGACGACGGGCCUUCGCACAAAACGUUGAUAUAAUCUCUUUCAGUCAGUAGCUGUCUAUACUUAUUUAUAAAUUUAUAUCAGGCUAUUCCACGAAAUUAGGUCGAUUUACACAACACAAUUUUUGCGUAAAACUGUCGCAUGCAACCUGCUUACAACUUGAGUUGUACUGUGUAAAUCAAACACACAACUCAGUUAUGUGCCGUGAUAUACACAGUGCAACUCAAGUUGUAAGCAGGUUGCAUGUGACAGUUUUAGGCAAAGUUGUGUUGUGUAAACUAUUAUUUUUCUAUGUACAGUAUAUUAAAAUAUGGCAGGAAAUCUGUACGGCGUUUGAGAAAUCUAGACAAAAAUGCAAAUGCACUAUAAUUUAUUCACGAUAAUGAGUAUCAUAUGAGAAUUUAGAGACACUGACAAAAACUGCACUAUAUAGUUAUUAUAAUAUUGGACAAGUAUGUAUAUAUAAUAUAUUCUCUGCACUUGCAUUACCACUGACCACCCGGUUCACUCAUAUAUAAUUAGCCUUUCUGCACGCCGCCAUUUUUGGGGUAGUCUUUUCCAAAUCUGAGAUUGUACGCAGUGAACAAGGUAUUUGAAUAACUAGAAUUGUGAGUAUAAUCAUUAUAAGUUCAUUUACAGUUAAAUGUUUGAAAUAGAUUUUUCACAUUGCUUCCAAAAAAGUGCCCCCAAAAUGGCGAAUUUGUCCUUCGUGAGAAAGGGUAAUUUAAUGUUUGGUUACCUUUGUUCCAUUCUAUGCUUAAAUUAUCAGAACAGUUCAGAUCUGAGCAUGCGAGUUCUCUGAAAAUGUGAAUUGGGUGGUAGUGGUCAAAUGCGAAGGAGUAAAUUGAGCUGUAAUGGGACGAACUCUCCUACAUGACUACAGAAUGAUGAAGAAAUCAAAUAUUUAUUGACAAGAUAAAAUUAAAGUUUUAAAAACGUUAUAUCAUUUAAUGUCGUAAGAACCAUUUCUUUUGCAAGCUGCUAAAAACUUUCCUCCUAAAAUAGUUCAAAAGACAAA